CCCGCGCGCGGUGACGUCACGGGUAUAUAAUCGGCGGGCGGGGGGGGCGGUGGCGCAUUCACUGCUCGAUGGAGGGGAGCUACGAGGCCUGUGCAGAGGCGGCGGCCUGGCUGCGGGCCCGGCUCCAGGAGCCCCCCAGGGUCGCCCUGGUCUGUGGGUCGGGGCUGGGGGCUCUGGCCCAGGAGCUCACGGACCCCCAGAGCUUCGACUACGCCGACAUCCCCCACUUCCCGCGCAGCACCGUGCAGGGCCACGCCGGGCGGUUGGUGGUCGGGCGCCUGGGGGCGGGGCCUUGCGCCGUCCUGCAGGGCCGCUUCCACCUGUACGAGGGGUACAGCCCCGCCCAGGUGGUGAUGCCGGUGCGCACCCUGGCCCUGCUGGGCGUCCACACGCUGGUGCUGACCAACGCCGCGGGCGCCCUGAGCCCCGGGCUGGCCCCCGGCCACCUCCUGGUCAUCCGCGACCACAUCGACCUGCCCGGGCUGGCCGGGCGCAGCCCCUUGGUGGGGCCCAACGACGAGAGGUUUGGGCCGCGCUUCCCGGCCAUGACGGACGGAUAUGACCCCGCCCUGCGGCGCCUGGCGCUGGCCCUGGCCCCGCCCGAGCUCCACGCCCGCCCGGGGGUCUACGUGGGCGUGGGAGGGCCCAGCUACGAGACCUGGGCCGAGUGUCGGCUCCUGCGGCGCCUCGGCGCCGACGCCGUCGGGAUGAGCACGGUGUCGGAGGCGGCGGCGGCGCGGCACUGCGGCCUGCGCGUGCUGGGUCUGUCCCUCAUCACCAACGCGGCCCCGGGCGACGCCGACGAGGAGGAGGAGGCGAAGGGCAGCGGUGGGGCGGGGCCGGCGGCCGAGGCCACGCCCCCCGGGCACGAGGAGGUGCUGGCGGCGGCCCAGGAAGGGGCGCGGCACCUCCGCCGGCUCCUGCUGGCCCUGGCACCGCGCCUGGCAGAGGGGGCACGGGCGUAG